AAUCUCCCAGGAGAUACAGAAUAAGCUCCCCGGAUCGCUCGCACUAGUGGUGACACGCGCCGAACAAAGGAGCUGGCAUUCUAUAAAUGAAGCAGCAGAGAGGGAUCGGCAAUUGGCUGGAUUGUGAGGAGAGAAGCUCUUGCGUUUGGGAGCGGAGAGACAGCAAAGUACUAGGAAGAGAGCAUCCGACUUUGCUGCAAGUGAAUGCUUCUGUAAAAUCAAUUUGUACUGGCUUUGACAAAGUUUUGCUGGUGUUUCAACGAUGACUAGAAAGAUCUUCACCAACAGCAGGGAGCGAUGGAGACAGCAGAAUGUCAACAGUGCCUUCGCUAAGCUGCGGAAGCUGAUCCCCACCCAUCCUCCAGACAAGAAGCUCAGCAAGAAUGAGACCCUCCGCUUAGCCAUGAGGUACAUCAAUUUCCUCGUCAAGGUGCUUGGAGAUCAAGGUCUGCAGCAGACGGGGGUGGCUCCUCGGGGACGGAUACUAGGGCUGUUCCAGCAGACUCCGAGUUUGGAAAGCAUGGAAGAACUGACGCUCAUUGAAGACUCUGAGGUCCCCUCUCCUAGCACAACCAGCAACAUCCCUGAAUGCUGGUCAGAAGAAUCCUCACCAUGAAGAACCUCCAGUCAGGGGCACAGGCCUGGGGUUGGGGUAACCUGAUAGUCCCCCUUUACACAAGUUGUGGGUUGUUUUGCCUAUGUAUAGUAUUUAUAUGUAAUUUUUGCUCUUUUAUCAAGUGUAUUUUUGUGUGCGGUUUUCUGAGGAGGAUGAUUG